AUGGAGACAGCACUACUAGCGCCAUGUGACAGCUCACCAUUUGAUGCAAACAUUACGCUAGGUCCUCUUGGCAUUGACUAUGUACACAUCUACUAUUGCACGCUUGCUGACCUUCCACUCCUCUCUUUCUCGAUGCUACUGCUCUGGCUCUGCUGCCUUUUUUACUUCUUGGGAAGCACAGCAGAUGGAUAUUUCUCACCGACGCUAGCAAGUCUAAGCGAUCGCCUGCGGGUGCCUCACAAUGUUGCGGGUGUCACUUUUCUUGCCAUUGGAAACGGAGCUCCAGACGUCUUUUCAGCUAUUGCUGCAUACAGCUCUGGGGUUGGGGAAACUGGAGUAAAUGAGCUGCUUGGUGGAGCUAUGUUUGUUUCUACAGUAGUUGUGGGUGGUGUGGCAAUUGCCAGCGAUGUGAAGGUGAAACGCUGGGCAUUUCUGCGAGACGCGGGGGCAUUAAUUAUCACUCUGGUGAUUUUUAUGGGUCUGGCAGUGAGCAGCAGAAAAGAGAAUUUAAAGGAUACAGCCUUAGCUGCAGUGAUUUUUUUGGUUAUGUACGGAUUAUAUGUUGGCAGUGUGGUGCUCGAAGUAUGCUUGAAGGUGAACAGUACAAUUGCUAAUACCGAUCGGGAUGCCAAAGUGGAAGGAGAGAAUUCUUUGAUGAUGUCGGCAUAUUGGCAUGCUUUAUCACCAAGAGGGAAGAAUGUAAAACGAGCAUCUAGGUCGGAACCUCAAUAUGACUUAAAAACGAAACUGAAAACUGAGGAGUAUUCGGGAAGGACAACAAAUGAGAAUGGCGGCGGCGAUACAUUGGGAAUCGACGAGUCAAUAGCUAGCGAAAUGACAAGCCUUCACUUUUCAAGUCGAGUUUUUGACGAUCACUUUGAAGUUGAGGAAGAGGAUUCACUAUCGUCUCCACUAAUUGCGUACCAUAAGCGUGAUGGUAUAAGUGACGAUCAAGUUCUACCAGAAUGGCAAAAACACCUUCGCUGGAGAUGGCGACUCAGGCGUCGUGUAGUCCAAUUGUAUCAGAGUGAUAACUCAUUGGUUGUCAAAAUUCUUCACCUCCCGCAAGCCCUGCUUGUGCUCGCUCGCGAUCUUACAGUGCCUCUUUUUGACAAUGAGGCCUGGUCGCGACCCAAAGCGUGUCUAUCGCUCGUUACAGUCCCGCUUUUGGUCGCAAUGACAAGCAAUUACGCAAGUGCUGACGUUUUGGGUGGGAGAAGUUCAUACCGUCUUUUGCUGUGGCAAGCUAUUUUAGUUUUAGGUAGCUGCGCAUGUGCUGUCGCCUCGUUCUUUACACACCGGUCUCACGCACCGCGAUCGGUUAAGGCUUCCAUUUUGUUCCUUUCCACGGCUUUUAUUGCUUGCGUUGUCUGGAUCUACGCGGCAGCAAAUGAGCUGGUGGCUCUUUUGACGGCGGUGGGUUAUAUCACUCACGCUAGUAACAGCUUGUUAGGGCUGACUGUACUUGCAUGGGGAAACUCUGUCGGUGACUUGAUCACAAAUGUAUCAGUGGCUCGAUCUGGGUUCCCGCAAAUGGCUAUCGCUGGUUGUUUUGGGGGGCCAGUGUUUAACAUUUUGCUCGGUAUGGGGUUACCUAUGGCUUUUGCAUUCAUAUCCGGACGCAGUGAAUUUCUGUCACUUGACAUUCAUGCAUGGACAUCUUUAACCUUUCUUUUCGUGUAUCUUGUAUCGUCCUUAUCUGUGUUUCGACACUACGAGUAUCACUGUCCGGCGUGGUAUGGCAAGACACUCAUGGUUUAUUACAUAAUCUAUUCGUUACUCAAUGUCUUUUUUGCAUUGCAAGUGGGACAAAUGUAA